UGCAGUGGUGCGAGUCGUCCCAGUCGAUGAAGCUGGACAUGGCCACCGUUGAGGAGUGCUACCAGGAGUGCAUUGCCGAGGGCGCAAAGGCUCCCGUCUUCAUCUACACCAACCCGCACAACCCGUCCGGCACCAUCUUCUGUGCAAAGCAGACAGAGGCGCUGGUGUCGUGGUGCCUUGCCAAGCAGGUCCACCUCAUCUCCGAUGAGAUCUACGCCAUGUCCAUCUUCACCACCGCAAAGGUGGAGUUCACCUCCGUCUUUGACAUUGCACACGGCGCAAAACGCCAAGGCGCUGAGGAUCUGAUCCACAUCAUGUGGGGCGGAAGCAAAGACCUUGGCCUCAACGGUUUUAGAAUCGGUGUGCUUCUCACUCGCAACCAGGAGCUGAAGAAGUGCCUGCGCGGCCUUGCUUACGGCUUUUCCACCCCUGCAGAGAUGCAAGAGAUGACGGCUGCUGUCAUUGAGGAUGAGCACUUCUUCACCAGGUUUCUGGAAGCCAACGCACAGCGCCUCACAGAUACCUACUCCAAGGUGGUUGCCAAGCUGCGCGACCACGGCGUGAAGGACAUUGCUGUUGCGGACGGCGCCAUGUUUGUCUACUUCAAGAUGCCUGGCGAAGAGCUCUCGCUGGAGGAAGAGCGUUUUCUGUGGCAGCGGCUUGUGCGCGAGAACCGGGUGAUGGUGCUGCCUGGUCUGGUGUUUGAGGACGCACGUCGCGGGUGGUUCCGUAUCUGCGUGUCGGCCAAUCCCCUUGAAGAUACGCUGGAGGCUGUGGACCGUAUCUUCAAGCAUCCGCACCACUGAUGAGAGCACGCGCGCCUGGCCGCCCCGCUUUGGAUGACGUGCCUUGUUGUUCCCCAAAUCGUGACACGUGCGUUUGUGUGCGUGUGUGUGUCUGUGACUGUGUGUGUGUGUGUGUCUUUGUGUGUGUGGCUGUGUGUGUGUGUGUGUGUGUGUGUGUUGGUACUUGAUCAACCUGAUGGCACAUGUCAGCAACAUAAACCAACCCAAGAACCAAA